AUGGCUGGCCCAAGAUUUGACGACCCUGUCUACGGGAGCAACGUUGUGACAGGGAUCAGUGCUACAGGCAACGCUCACCAAACCUUCAACUUCAAUCAACAUUUUGAGUCGAGGCCGUUCUUUCUGUUUCCCUAUGAGAAACAUGAAGAUUUUGUUACGCGGCCUGAAAUAUUAUCCAAACUUGAGGAACUUCUACCAAAGAAUUCCGACGACUUUCGAAGCGCCGCUCUUUGGGGCCUCGAAGGAUCUGGCAAGACGCAAAUCGCUCUGGAUUUCGCAUAUAGUCGAUACAGUAAAAGACAAUGCUCCGUCUUUUGGGUUCAUGCAAAUAGCGAGGCGACCUUUGCACAAGAUUAUGGCUCAAUUGCAAGCGUUCUGGGCAUGAACGCUCAAGGUUCUGUGCCUGAGCUUCUACAAAACGUCCGACAUAGAAUUGAAUCGUUACCUAGAUGGCUACUCAUCAUCGACAAUGCCGACGACUUGUCUUUACUUGGCGUCGGUUUAGCAGCAAGAAACACCAGCAAGAUGAUAAAUUACAUCCCGAAAGGCCCAAAUGGCACUAUUUUGUGGAUCAGCCGUGAUGAAGCAAUUGUUGGGAGUCUUGUAGGCGUAUGGAGAGGUGUAGCUGUCUCAAGGAUGACUUUUGAUGAAAGCAAGGCACUUCUUGAGUCGACAAUGCCUCAAUCAAUAGGUGAUGACGAGCCAGAUGAUGCUACUCUGUUACUUGAAGAGCUACAGUUUCUGCCGCUUGCUAUUUCGCAAGCUGGGGCAUACAUGCGAAGAACAGAGACGUCCGUCAGCCAGUAUCUUAAUGACUUGAAAGAAGAGGAAACACGUUGGCGCAUCUCGAAAGAACCCGAGUUCGACAGAUACAGGUUACACAACAGUUCCAACAGCAUUCUUGAGACUUGGAGUUCUUCGGUUCAUCUCAUUCGCCAAGAGAACGAGUUGGCAUACAAAAUUCUACACAUCCUUGCCUACAUGGAUAAACAGGAGAUUACUGAGCGGUUAUUGGAUGCUGCUGCUGCGCAUGGAGAAACAAAGCCGAUGGAAGACAUGUUUGAGAGUAAGAAGAGAGAAGCAAUACGUCGACUCAAGAACUUCUCCUUCCUAAUAGAGCACCAUCUCGGCAAUAAUGAACGCAUUUAUGAGAUACACAAGCUCGUCAAAGAUGCCAUACGUUACAAGCUACGAAAUGCAAGCAUAUUGAACGGGCAUGCGAACAAAGCGAAUAAAGACUCUCGUCGAUUGGGAGUGUGCAUUAAGAGACGGUUUGCGAAUAAUGGAAGUAGCAAGGGGGUUUCAAGGAAGGGAGAAGAGUACUUUGCUGGAGUGGCAGUCAACAUUGUCGCCAGCACUUAUCCCCAUAAGACUCACCUCAAAACCGGGAAAGCACCAUGA